AUAUUCAUUCCCUUUCAAGAUUCAACUAUGAAUACUUCUUUGUUUCUAUUACUUCUUCUUCUGCUACCUUUCUUAGCCUCAUGCAUUGACACCAAGGUUUACAUAGUGCACUUACGUCAUUAUGAGGAUGAUGUAGAGAAAACAUUACAAGAGAUUGAAGAAAGCCAUGUUUCUUACCUAUCUUCGGUCAAAACCGUCGAAGAGGAUGUCAAACCCAGCCUUCUUUACAGUUAUAAACAUAGCAUCAAUGGCUUUGCUGCCUUGCUCACCGCAGAAGAAGCCUCUCAACUCUCAGAUAUGGAGGAGGUGGUGAGGGUGAUACCAAGCCAUGAAAGAGAGUAUUCAUUGCAUACCACAAGGUCAUGGGAAUUUUCAGGCUUAGAAGAAGAAUUGAAGCCAAGUCAAUUAGAUAGAGAGGACUUGCUCUUCAAAUCUCAAUAUGGCAAAGAUGUCAUUGUUGGCAUGAUGGAUAGUGGGGUGUGGCCAGAGUCAGAGAGCUUCAACGAUAGAGGAAUGGGACCCAUUCCAGAGUCUUGGAAAGGUAUCUGCCAAACUGGGCCUACUUUCGAAACAACCCACUGUAACAGAAAGCUAAUAGGAGCAAGAUAUUACAUUAAAGGUUAUGAAGCACGAUACGGGCAAUUGAACACCUCCCAAGAUAGCAGGUCACCACGUGACAUGGACGGGCAUGGGACCCACACAGCCUCGACAGUUGGAGGCCGAGGUGUGCCCCAUGCCUCGGCCCUUGGUGGUUUUUCUCGUGGGACUGCCUUUGGUGGUGCACCAAUGUCGCGUCUAGCAAUCUACAAAGUCUGCUGGCCCGUACCAGGAAAAGGUAAGGAAGACGGGAAUACAUGCACCUUUGAAGACAUGUUAGCCGCUUUUGAUGAUGCCAUUCGUGAUGGUGUUCAUAUACUGAGCAUUUCUAUUGGGUCGUCAAGUCCAUUAAGUUAUGUGGAAGAUGGCCUGGCUCUUGGAGCCCUACAAGCAACCAAAAAUAACAUUUUGGUGGUAUGCAGUGGAGGUAAUGAAGGCCCGGCUCCAUCUACAGUCGUUAACCCCGCCCCAUGGAUUCUCACGGUUGCUGCAAGUUCCAUUGAUCGUUCUUUUGAAGCCCCUAUUCAGCUAGGAAAUGGAAUAAAAGUCAAGGGACAGUCAGCAACUCCAUACAAACUACGACGGCGAAAAAUGUAUCCGCUUGUUUACGCAGCAGAGAUUGUGAAUGCAGAUAUACCACAAACAUACAUAGCAGGCCAAUGUUUACCUGGUUCUUUAUCGCCUCAAAAAACCAAGGGCAAGAUUGUCUUCUGCUUGCGAGGGAAUGGGACGAGAGUUGGAAAAGGGAUGGAAGUAAAAAGAGCCGGUGGUAUUGGCUACAUUUUAGGAAACAGUCCAGCCAACGGAGCUGAGUUAACCGUAGAUGCUCAUGUUCUUCCAGCAACUGCGGUUACAUCAGAUGAUGCAGUACAGAUUCUUAAAUACAUAAAUUCCACAAAAACCCCAACAGCGUAUAUUUAUCCUGGAAAAACUGUGUUACAAACUAAACCAGCUCCUUCAAUGGCUGCCUUUUCGAGUAGAGGCCCAAAUGCAAUUUCACCCGAUAUUCUCAAGCCGGAUAUUGCUGCACCAGGGUUGAACAUAUUGGCAGCUUGGACAGAAGGAAACUCUCCAACUAAGAUAGCAACCGACCCUCGAAGAGUAAAGUACAACUUACUUUCAGGAACUUCAAUGGCUUGUCCUCAUGUAGCCGCUGCAGCUGCACUGCUUAAAGCGAUUCAUCCUGAUUGGAGCGUUGCCGCUAUAAAAUCUGCACUCGUAACCACGGCUGGACUGCUAAACAAUGCUGGAGGUAAACUAACAGAUGCAUCAGGCAAUCAGGCAGAUCCAUUCCAAUUUGGGUCGGGUCAUUUUAGGCCAGAAAAGGCAGCUGAUCCUGGACUAGUCUACGAUGCUACUUACACGGAUUAUUUAUCAUUUCUUUGCAGUCAUAGUGAUCUAAAAUCCAAUCCAUCUUUCAAAUGCCCGAAAACUACACCAUUGGCCCAAAAUCUAAACUACCCGUCUUUCAGCUUCCCAAAACUAAAUGGAAAAGUAACCGUUAAAAGAACAGUCACAAACGUUGGAGGCAAAGGAAGCGUAUACUUUGCUAGAGUAGAAUGGCCAUCUGGAAUCUCUGUUAAGGUAUCUCCACCUAUUUUGCACUUUAACAACGUAGGACAGCAGAAAAGUUUUGAGUUGACGGUUGAAGCAGAUGUUAAGGCGGAUAACGGCGUGUACUCAUUCGGGUGGCUCACUUGGAGCGACGGCGUCCACAUUGUUCGCAGUCCUAUUACAUUUUCCUUAAUGUAGUUAUGAUCAGUCUUCAUUUCAAAUGUUCUUGAAAAACACAAGAACAUAAAAGAUGAAUAAUUUAAAGAAAUUUAAACAUAUAGAUGAAUGUCAACAAAUCAAAGAAGUUAAGUUGCAACUUUUAUGUUUUCUUGCCA